AUUAAAGCCAUCGGUAGUCGUGGCCAUAAAUCUGUCGCCAGUCUGUUCGCGGAAGCUUUCGGCCCCGGACCUUUCGCGGCAUACUUUCGGGCUUUUCGGGCUGGAGAUGGCCCUGCUCCACUACACCCUCGACCAGUUGGAACUGUAUAUGCGAUGGGCCUUCGCGGAGCACGGAGAGGCUACCCCGAGUCCGGCGGUCCACCCCUUCCCGGGCGUCUUCGUCGGCGAUCUCAGCCAGCUGAACCGGUUCAAGCGGAACGCCUUCUCCGCCAUCGUGGGCAUCCUGUUCUUCUUGGCCUUCGCCGGCAACCUGGGCACUUUGUACGUGAACACCCGCAGGAAGCUGCGGCCCUUCUUCAGGGCCUGUCUCAUCUCGCUGGCCUGCAGCGACCUCGUCUCCAGCGUCUUCUGCACCGUCUCCUACAUGGCGCAGUUCCAGGCGGAGUACCUGCAGCUCUGGACCAUUGGCGGCUUCAUGUGCAAGUUUGUGCCCUUCAUCACCACCACUUCGGUGCUGUCCGGCAGCUUGACCCUGGUGGCCAUCGCCCUGGACCGCUACCUGGCCAUCAUGCGACCCGUGCUGGGGUUCUGGAACCCCGACGUCCGCUUCAGCAGCCUGUGCAUGCUGCUCAUUUGGGCCUGCUCGAUCGGGGCCUCGGGUCCGCUGCUGGGGAUCUACGACUACGAGGCGAUCUACCUCCUCGAGGUGGAGGACUCGCCCGAGGAGAGUGAGGAGGCGGCAACAGUAGCGCCCGAGGAGCUGGUGGUCACCGAGCUGGAACUGGUUCACAUGUGCCUCGCCGGGGACCACGACGUCGGACUCUACUACGUCAUACUGUUCACCCUGAUCUUCCUGCCCUGCAUCGUCUCCUUCGUCUGGCUGAACGCCACGAUUGCGCGCCAGCUUUGGCUGAGGAGGCACUACCACCAGGAGCAGCAGGUGCGGCAGCAGGAGCCCAAGGAGGGCCACUUCAAGUCGAUGCCGGGAGGCGACCUCCUGAUGCCCUCCACCCUGGUCAGCGCCGUGGGCGUGGCCCUGCCCUUUGCGCUGGAGAAGGCCGAGCUGCCGCCCAAGAAUCCCCCCGCGAAUCCCGGCCAGAAAACCACCGCUGCUGGCUUGGCCCGGGAGGCGAGGCACCGCCGGAUGGUGGUGGUGGUGCUCCUGAUGAUGGCCGUCUUCAUCUGCCUCCGCCUGCCUGCCUGGGUCUUCCUGAUCAUGCGGCUCUUCGGCUCCUACUCGGAGCCCAUCGACUGGCUGCUCUACUUCAGCUUCGGCAUUCUGAACCUGUUCAGUUGUGCGCUGAACCCCAUCUUCUACACCUUUCUCACCCAAACCAUCAGGACGGUGUCCCUGGUGAAGCAGAAGACCCUCGGGUUCCUCGGCUGUGGCCCUGACAAGACGCAGGAUGCCAUGCCCGAGGAUCACAUGGACAGGAGCCGGUGCUGCUGCGGCCUAAGGCCUCCCACUUUUAAGUGGCGGUGUGCCAGGCAAAUGGCCGCCACCACCGUGGUUCGCGAUGACGAGCCACCGGACCAUCGGAUCUCCGGCGGAGUCCAGCAGGAUCCGAGCAGCCUGCGCCGGUUCCUCAGCUUCGAGAGGGAGGUGUUCACCAUUUACAAGCAGUGCGAUGACUCGUCGAGUGCGUCAAUCGAGUCCUCCGCCUGAUAGCCGCCGGCCAUAAAUCACCCGGGUGCACUUGUCGGAUACGGGGGCCAACGGUUAGCAGAACUUGAUUGAUGGAUCGGAUCCAGCCCCCACCGUUCGGCCGCAAAAAGCGGAUUGUCACGGUGGGAUAUCGUGCACAGACACACAAAUAAUCACACAUAUUAUGUACCUCAUUAACGUGUAUAACUGAGGAACAUAGCGCUUGGGUGUUGCCAGCCAACUAACCAUUAACACUUACCAUAAUCGAGAUUUGGAAGGUCCAAGUCGUUAUAGCAACUAAAACUGAAGCCGAAUUAGAGUCACUUUGAAGUGGCUAUAAUUAAAGCUGGCUUUUAUGGAGAACUUGGCUGAGCAAGAAACUAAAUCGUAUUUUAAACAUGUCGGCAAACUCCUCAUGGUACUUAUAAAUUCAAAGUUGUAUUUACGUUUGCUAAGGAAAAUUCAUUUAAUAAAGGAACCAGGUGGUGGGUACUAAACUUAUCAAAUAGAAAAUCAUAAGAAUCUAUUUUUUAAUGAGUCAUAAGCAGCUUAUGAAAACUACUACCAUUUAAACACUUUGCCUAAUUUGACUAGUUUUAGCCAUUAUCAAAUGAGUUAAAAAGUUGUGCACACUCAGUUAAGUUGAUUAGGAAAUACAUACAAAAUUAUGCUAAUACCAUAGUCUAAUUUUUACUAAGAAGUCGUCUGACUAAGACACUCAUUAUAAAGUCAACCGAUCGUGGCCGAAACAAUGCAUCGUGAUGUGUAGAUCUGAUUCUAUAGUAGAUACUUCCGUUUUAGAACAAUGGUUGGCAAAU